AUGGAUACCGGGACCAGAGGGAUUCUGCUCCUGAUUUUCUUUUGCAGCCUGUGGGACUCAGGUCAAGCCCAGAUGAAGAUCCCACCAGAAACGGUUCAGCAGUGGGCGUCUGUCCUGUCCGUCCAGCUCUGUGACAUCACCACCAAAUACUCUGGAUCUCUCCUGCUCCAGAAGAAACUGAAGGAUGUGGAGCCCAUCGUGAAGAUCGUGGAGCUGGACGGGAUGGACCUGGUGAAGGACUUCUCUGAGGACAUUGAGCGAAUGCUGGGCAGCAAGAUGAAGUCUGUGAAGAGGUUAGCGGAAUCAGCCGAAGACGCAGAUCUCUACCACGAUUUCAACGCUACCAUGCAGUUUGACUACUAUAACUCCAUGCUGAUCAACUCGGGGGAUGAGGACGGGAACUUCGCCCCGCUGGGAGGAGACUUUCCCCUGGAGGAGAACGAACACUUCAACCAGCUGCUGGUCAAUGUCCAGCAGAGCGACAUCCAGGUCCCCACCAACGUCUACAACCGAGACCCCAACAUCCUGAACGCCAUCUACAACUCAGAGGCUCUCAACGAUGUAUUCAUCAACAACUUCCAGAAGGACCCCACCCUCACCUGGCAGUACUUCGGCAGCUCCACUGGCUUCUUCAGGAUCUACCCCGGGAUCAAAUGGACUCCAGACGCCAACGGUGUGGCCGCAUACGACUGCAGGAACCGCAACUGGUACAUCCAGGCGGCCACUUCUCCUAAAGACAUCAUCAUCAUGGUGGACAUCAGCGGCAGCAUGAAGGGUUUGAAGAUGACCAUCGCCAAGCACACCAUCAACACCAUCCUGGACACGCUGGGGGAGAACGACUUUGUCAACAUCAUUGCCUACACAGACUACGUCCGCUAUGUGGAGCCCUGCUUCAGAGGCACGCUGGUGCAGGCUGACCUGGACAACAGGGAGCACUUCAAGACGUUGGUGGAUGGUCUUCAUGUUAAAGGAGAAGCAAAGAUCAACAAGGCCAUGAAAGAGGCUUUUAAAGUCCUCAACCUGACCCGCUCCCUGGGUCAGGGCAGCAUGUGUAACCAGGCCAUCAUGCUGAUCACCGACGGAGCGAUGGAGGACUACGAGGAGGUCUUCAAGGAGUUCAACUGGCCGGACCGCCGGGUGAGGGUAUUCACCUACCUGAUUGGCCGAGAGAUGACCUUCGCUCAGAACACCAAGUGGAUCGCCUGCAACAACAAAGGGUACUAUACCCAUAUCUCUACGCUGGCUGAUGUCCAGGAGAACGUGAUGGAGUACCUCCAUGUCCUGAGCCGACCGAUGGUCAUCAACCACGACCACGACAUCAUCUGGACCGAGGCAUACAUGGACACUGUGCUCCCAAACACCAAUAAGCUCUUCACCACCAAGGCCCAGAGCCUGCUGCUGAUGACCUCCGUCGCCAUGCCCGUCUUCAGCAAGAAGAAAGAGACGCUGUCCCAUGGGAUCCUGCUGGGUGUGGUGGGGACUGACAUCCCCCUGCUGGAGCUGAUGAAGCUGGCUCCACGCUACAUGCUGGGUGUCCAUGGUUACGCCUUCCUCGUCACCAACAACGGAUACAUCCUGGCCCACCCUGACCUACGACCCCUGUAUAAGGACGGCAGGAAGCUGAAGCCAAAACCGAACUACAACAGUGUGGACCUCGCUGAGGUGGAGUGGGAGGACACAGACGAGCUGCUGCGUACCGCCAUGGUGAGAGGGGAGACCGGCAGGAUGAGUCUCAAUGUCCGCGCCUCGCUGGACAAAGCAAAGCGUCCUUUGUUCCUGGUCAACGACUACUUCUACACCAGCAUCUCAGAGACCCCCUUCAGCUUCGGGAUGGUUCUGACCAAAGGUCACGGGCAGUACAUGGUCAUGGGGAACGUCUCUGUGGAGGAAGGCCUCCACGACCUCAUGUCUCCGGACCUCAGCAUCUCCUCUGAGUGGACCUACUGUGAGCUGGACAUCGACCCUCACCACCGCAAGUACAGCCAGCUGCAGGCAGCGACCCGCUACCUGCUGGGGAAGGAACCGGACCUGGAGUGUGAUGAGCGCCUGCUGCAGCAGACUCUGUUCGACGCCGUGGUAACGGCCCCCCUGGAGGCGUACUGGAACGCCCUGAUGCUCAACGAGCCAGACGGGGUGAUGGAGGGGGUGGAGACGGCGUUCCUUGGGACGCGCUCCGGCCUGACCAGGCUAUUCAGAUACGCUGGGCUGGAGACCAGAAUUGCCAAGAAGUUCCUGACGCCCUCUGAUAAGGACAACCUGUUCACCGUGGACCACUUCCCUCUGUGGUACCGCCUCGCCGUGGAAAACCCUCCUGGAAAGUUCUACUACUACAGCGUCAACGAUAAAGGAACAACGUUUGUGAUCGCCACCACGGCUGUGACAAUGUCUUCAGGGGGGAGGACGGCCAUGGUGGGGGCUAUCGGGGUUCAGAUGUCCUUGAAUUUUCUGGAAAAGUUGUUCUGGGCCAUCGCCAAGCAGCCCAGCGAUACAGACUGUCUUAAUGUUGAAGGUGUUUGUCCUCUCAGCUGUGAGAGCAUAGACCUAAACUGUUUCCUGAUUGACAACAACGGUUUCAUACUGCUGUCAAAAGAGAGAUCAGAGGUGGGCAAGUUCCUCGGGGAGGUGGACGGUUCAGUCAUGGCGUCCCUCAUAAAGAUGGGCAUGUAUAAGAAGAUCUCUCUGUUUGACUACCAGGCCAUGUGCAGGAGCGGCCAUCACCAUGCCAACGCGGCCCGCCCACUGCUCAGCCCUUUCUACGGCCUGGUCACCCUGCUGAGGUGGAUCCUCUCCAACGCACUGGUGUUCCUGCUGGACCUUAACUUCUGCGGCCUCUGGCACUCGGACUACGUCGUAGACGCUAAGGCUGGCUAUCACACCUCUCAUAAGCAGAAGAAGUUGGAGGCCCAGCAGCCGUGCGACACUGCGUACCCAGGCUUCCUGUACGACGACUCCAUCAGAGAGGCCAACAGCCUCAUUAAGUGUGGCCGGUGUCAGAAGAUGUUCGUGGUGCAGUACGUCCCGGAGUCUAACCUGGUUCUGGUGGUGACCCAGGCGGACUGUGACUGCUCCCGGCAGUACGGCGCCAUCCUGCUGGAGCCCAAAGAGAUCAAAUAUAUCGCCACGGUCAAGUGCAACCGCAUGAAGUCCCAGAAGGUGAGGCGUCGCCCGGAGUCCUGCCAUGCCUACCACCCCAAGGAGAGCACUAAGGAGUGCGGGGGCGCCGCGGAGCACCGCCUCUCCACAAGGCUCUUCUCUGCCUCGCUGGCCCUCUCCCUGGUCAUCUGGCGGGGGACCUAGACCCCGUCCCAGCAGCCCUGGAGUCCCAGCCCAGCGUUGAGGAACUCAGGGCCUGAGGGGAGAGGCCCCAGAGGACGCCCUGUCAAUCAAAUCACCGGACGGCUAGCACGCAGCUAAAGACAGCUAACACAUGCUAAUAAACCCUAAAAGACAGCUAGCAAACGGCUAGCAUCUAAACAGUAAGCUAACAGAUGGCUACCUAACAACUUGCACACAGCUAGCAGGCAGCUAGCGGAUGCUAACAGAUGGCUACCUCCCAGACGUGCUGGUUUCAUAGAGCAGACCUCAUCAGGUCCUCAGAGACCGGACUGGUCUCCUACUCCGUGGCGGAACUGGUUCUGUCAGAACCAGUACGUUCAGCUUCCUAAGACUUCCUACUGGUUUGUAGUGGGAAAGUUAGACCGCUUGUUAGUUAACAUCCUUAAUUAUUCAUGUGUGAUGCAAUGUGACCAUCGUUCCACAUGAUGGCGCUAAAUAUACCCUUUUUAAA